AUGCCGUCCGACCUGUCCUACUGGCUCAUCUCCGUCCCGCUUCACGACGGCGACCCGUCCUCCGUCCUCCAGGACGUACGCCAUGCUACCGGCGGCCAGGUCACUUGCGGCGGCUGGGAGAUCCCCGAUCUCAAGGCCGGAACCCUCUCGUCGCUGAUCUCGCUCUCGGACGCGCUGCCCAAGACUGACGCGGCGUUCACGCAGACCGUCUCGAAGUUGCUCGACACGCUGCGCUCGCUCGUCAACGAUGACAAGGACCGCAUGCAGCAGCAUGUUCGCGUCAACGACCGGCCUGUUGAGGAGUACCUCAUCCCGGACCCGCAGGGGUCGGGCUCGUGGCGCUGGGACAAGGGACGUUGGGGAGAGGGCGGCAAGGUUGUCGAUGUCAUUGCCGCGCUGCAGAGUGAAAUAAACACGAUCGAGUCGUCCCAGAAGCAGAAGACGCAGCAGUACCAGCUCGCCAAGGGAGCGCUGAACACGCUCCAGCGCAAGCAGCAGGGAAAUCUCGCGCAGAAGUCGCUGAUCGACGUCGUGAAGAAGGGUGACCUCGUCGAGGGAUCAGAAUACCUCGAGACGCUGCUCGUCGCGGUGCCGAAGAACAACAUCAAGCAGUGGUACGACAACUACGAGCGUCUGUCGAGCAUGGUGGUCCCGCGCAGCUCGAAGGAGGUCGCCGAAGAUGGCGAGUACAAGCUGGUCACAGUCACGCUGUUCAAGAAGUUCCACGACGAGUUUGUGCACAAGGCGCGCGAGAACAAGUACCAGGUCCGCGAGUUCAAGUGGGAUGACGACGCGAGCGCGAACCAGAAGGAGGAGCUUGAGCGUCUUGAGAAGGAGGAGAAGGAGCUCUGGACGGUGCGCAUGUUUGUGGAGAGCGUGCUCCGAUACGGCCUGCCGGCCGACUACGCGGGUGUCAUUGUGAAGCCGGAGCCCAAGACGGCCGUGAAGACGCUGAAGCAGCUUUCGGCGCAGUACAACGACCUGGCGUCAGGCAAGUCCAAGGAGAAGGCGGCAGCGAAGCAGAAGCAGGCGCCUGGCGCCGAGGACCUGAUUGGCGAGUGGGCAAACGUCAUGGAGCAAGAGUACUACGACUUUGUCCUGUUCGAGCUGCCCAAGGUCCAGUUCGACUGA